AACAUAACAUAACCCCAUUGAAGAUUCCACAACAGUGGGAGGGAGAUCCAAAAAGAGAGAGUGGAAAAGAUGGCGCGGUUGAUCACAGUGGUGUGGUGCGCGGUGGCGGUGCUAUUAUGCGCCGCGGCCGGUGCGUCGUGGGUGGAGGAGGCGGCGAACCCGAUACGAAUGGUGUCUGGCGUGGAGGCGGAGGUGGUUCGGGUGAUCGGGGAGUGCCGGCGUGCGUUGAAGUUUGCUAGGUUCGUGAGCAGGUUCGGGAAGAGUUACCAAAGCGAGGAAGAGAUGAAGGAGAGGUACGAGAUAUUCUCGCAGAAUCUCAGGUUCAUCCGCUCCCACAACAAGAAGCGUUUGCCCUAUACUCUCUCUGUUAAUCAUUUUGCUGAUUGGACUUGGGAGGAGUUCAAAAGACACAGACUAGGAGCUGCCCAAAAUUGCUCUGCCACUCUUAACGGCAACCACAAGCUCACCGAUGCUGUUCUUCCUCCAACGAAAGACUGGAGAAAAGAAGGUAUAGUGAGUUCAGUUAAAGAUCAAGGCAGCUGCGGAUCAUGCUGGACAUUCAGCACAACUGGGGCUUUAGAAGCAGCCUAUGCACAAGCAUUUGGGAAGAGUAUCUCUCUUUCUGAGCAGCAGCUAGUGGACUGUGCUGGCCCUUUCAACAACUUUGGCUGCCAUGGUGGGUUGCCAUCACAAGCCUUUGAGUACAUUAAAUACAAUGGUGGACUAGAGACAGAGGAAGCAUAUCCCUACACAGGAAAAGAUGGUGUCUGCAAAUUCUCAGCUGAAAAUGUUGCUGUUCAAGUCCUUGACUCUGUGAAUAUCACCUUGGGUGCUGAAGAUGAACUAAAACAUGCAGUUGCAUUUGUUCGGCCAGUUAGUGUGGCCUUUCAGGUGGUGAAUGGGUUCCAUUUCUACGAGAAUGGAGUUUUCACUAGUGACACUUGUGGUAGCACUUCCCAGGAUGUGAACCAUGCCGUUCUUGCUGUUGGAUAUGGAGUUGAAAAUGGUGUCCCAUAUUGGCUCAUAAAAAAUUCAUGGGGAGAAAGCUGGGGUGAAAAUGGCUACUUCAAGAUGGAAUUGGGGAAGAACAUGUGUGGUGUUGCAACUUGUGCAUCUUAUCCAAUUGUGGCAUAAAUUGCAUAACAAUAUGGUCCCUGGUGACUACCACCUUGUCAUGCUUCAGAGUUUAGAGCGUAUUGCUGAUGCCAGUAUUGAUGAAUGAUGAUUAAAGAUAAGUGUAAUUGUAUGAUGAAAAUUGCUCCUAGUUGGGUUGGCAUGAUGUAUAAAAUAAGCUAGAAGUUGUUGUAAAUCACAUAAGUAUAUUAUGGCCUUAAUUGUGUGUAUCACAGACAUAAUAACGAUCAUAUAUUGAUAGUUCAUAGUUACAUAUUGUAUUGUAUUGAUGCUCCCGCUUCAAAUAUCAGUUAUAAGAUAGCAUUGUCUUUGCUACUUUGCACUAUGCAACAUUA